AUGGCGCCACAAAAGACGAUCCUCUUCAUUGAUGCUUAUGAUUCAUUCGCCGAGAACAUUGCUGCUCUGCUUCGCCAGCAACUUAGUGUGCAGGUCACAUUGAUCAGAAUCGACUGUGACAUUUCGGUGCAGUAUGAGCAAGGGUAUCAAGAGUUUUUCACCGGUUUUGAUGCCGUAGUCCUGGGUCCUGGUCCUGGCAAUCCUUACAAUAACUUGGAUGUCGGCUUGUUCAACCAUGUUUGGGAGUGGGCGCCACUCCUCAACAUACCGGUACUCGGGAUCUGCCUUGGAUUUCAAAGUCUUUGUGCCCAGUAUGGCCUACCGAUUGUUCGAAUGGGACUCCCCUGUCAUGGACAUGCCAAAGAUGUGCUUCACACCGGGACCGACAUCUUUGCCAAUUCGACGCAUGUCGUUGCAACUAACUACAACAGUCUUGGCGUCAGAGUUAAGGACUUCAAGCUCGAUAUCACCAGGAGCCGACGGACUUCGACUGGAUCUCUCGAAAGCUUUGUUUCCCUUCAAAGCCUACAAUCUACUGAUUCGGCCUCUUCUGCUCCAACCGGCAGCAAGGCUAUUGUGCGCCCAGCAGAACACCUAGAACUUCUAGCAUGGGACAAGGAUGGAUGGGUGAUGGCAGUGAAGCAUAAGGAUCACCAUUUUCACGGUGUUCAAUUUCACCCGGAGUCGUGCAAAUCCAACUCUGCUUGCUUGGACCUGAUCAAACAAUGGUGGUCUUCUGCAACAGAGCACAAUGCGGAGCACCAACGACCUGUCUUGAUAUCCGGCCAGGUCGAGACCUCCAAAACCCCCGACAACACCUACUUGGACCAUUCUCCUUCAGAAGAAGGGCCUCACGAUGCCGAAUGGAUCAAUUCAACCGAACCUCCACGUGAUGUCGGUGCCGUCGAAGCAGAUGUAAAGGAUCUCAGUGACUCCAGUCAACGCCUUCUCGAUCUUCUCCAUGGGCUUGUAAGCACAAACAACGGCACCAUAGUAUCCGCAAGCAUACCUUUCGACCCUGAACAUCGCAACCUUACUGAUUUAUGGCGACUUCGAGGUUCAGAAACCCCUCUGGUGAUGCUGGAGUCAACAAAGAGAGGACGAUACAGCAUCUAUUCGUGCAAUGAUUCGUCAAACUUUCGAAUUGAAUAUCUCAACGGUGAAUGCUCUCUAUAUGUGGGCUAUAAAACUGUGGCAAACGCGUCCGUUGCAAUUGACCGGGCCGAAAUGGUCAAAGUCCUGGAAAUCUUCAUGUGCAGCCAGCAAAUCAACGACGACAGCUCUGAUAUUCCAUUCAGAGGCGGACUCGUGGGGUUUCUAUCCUAUGAGUUUGGAAUUGAUUCCCUUAGUCUGGACGCUCGAUAUAUGGAAGGCGAGCGCCUCAUACCAGAUCUCAGCCUCUUGUGGGUUGACCGCAGCAUCGUCGUCGAUAACGAAACCAAGCGUGUGUACAUUCAGUCAAUUCGAGGGGUUUCUUCACUACGAGGCUGCAACGAUGGUGCAUGGGUUGCCGAAACGAGCCAUUUGCUACAGAGAAAUGAGCCAACCGAUCCGAUCAAAUCAGGACCCAACGAUAGCAUGCAACUGCACCUCGCACUAUCAUCUUCCACGUUUUCAAUGCCUGACCAUGAUCGGUACAUUGCCCAAAUUCGUGAUUGUCAGGCCGAACUCCUAGCCGGAAAUUCUUACGAACUCUGUCUUACGACCGAAGCGACGGUGACCUCUCCUAAGAAUGAAUCCGAAGUGGAUCACGAUUAUUCUUUCCUCUUGUACAACAAUAUUCAGCGCCACAACCCCGUCCCGUUCGCCGCUUACAUACGUCUCAAUAAGACCACAAUUCUUUCGUCUUCCCCAGAACAGUUCCUCUCCUGGUCUCGAGCCGGCACCAUUGACAUGGUUCCAAUGAAAGGCACUGUCAAGAGAACUCCCGAAAUGACACUCGAGAAAGCUACUGAGAUUCUCUCCUCUGCCAAAGAGUCCGCCGAGAAUCUCAUGAUCGCUGAUCUUAUUCGUCAUGAUUUGUACACUGUGGUUAGCCGAGAUGCUUUGGUUGAAGUGGUCCGUCUGUGCGACGUAGUCACCACAGAGACUGUAUACAGCCUCGUGUCUCACAUCCGCGCACAUGUGCCUAUCCCUGCUGGAACUUCACGGGACUCUUCAGCGUCUAUCACGCAGAUGAUCAAAUACGGCAUCCGUGCGCUGACUACUGCUCUACCACCCGGAAGUAUGACGGGCGCACCCAAGAAACGAUCCUGCGAGAUCCUUCACCACCUUGAACAACGACACAGAGGCGUCUAUUCCGGGGCAAUAGGCUACAUGGACGUCACUGGCAAUGGCGCUUGGUCUGUCUGUAUUCGCACAGCAUUCUCUCACGCAGACGAGGACGUUCCCGCGCGGGAUGAACAAAGCCCAGCAAUGCAGAAAUGGCAUAUCGGCGCUGGUGGUGCUAUCACCGUGCUCAGCGACGAGGAACAAGAAUGGGAAGAGAUGAUGACGAAACUGGAGAGCGUCCUCAAAGGCUUCAAGACGCACGGUGAUGUGGCUGGUCUUCAGGAACUGAUCGAGCGUCAUCGGAAUCCCUCAGGACCCCUUGAGCGAGAAAUUGCGAAGGAGAGACUUGAGAGCCUCGAGAGGGCGCUGGAAGCUUCCACACUUUGA